AUGGGCCUAAAAGCCCACUCAACUUCAAGGCCGCCGGGAGGGGUGACCGGAGAUCGCCAUGAAGCCGCGGAUAGGGCGAGGAGAAUAGGCUCAUCCAACUUCGGUCUUGGAUCCGAAACACAGAGUCUCGAAGCCGGGUUUGAAGGGGGAUGGAUCCCGGAGAUGACAUCGGCACGCUUCGAGAUCUAUCCGAGCAAGAUCUCGUGCCGUUGA